AAUAUGCUUACAAGUUUUAAGUUAAAAUUAACAGGAGAGUAAGUCUUGAAUAAAUAAAACAUUGGCUUCAGCUUAGGGAAUAUAAUAAAUGAUACAAAUGUUAAUUCUAACCUAAGAUCAAAUUAGUGUAAAAAUAGCUUAUUUUUGCUUAAAUAAUUACUGAUUUAGUAACCCAGAAAAACGAGAGGGUGGAAUUAUGAAUUAUUUAUCAAUGAUUUAGGUGAAUUGAUAACUAAUGAAAAGAAAGUUAAGGAGAAUGUUACUAACGCUUUAGGUUAACUGAAGGGAUAAUUGACUACAACCAAUCGCCACUGCCAAAUCUAGAAGCAAUAAAUAUAAGCAUAUGAAAGAAACUGAGCACUAACAAAGCACUAACUGAUUU